AUGUACAGUAUUCAAUUGAUAACUAUUGUUGCAGUUUUAUUAUUGGUGACUGGCAAUGAGCUUUUACUUCUUCAGGCGAUUUGGAGACAUGGUGACCGUUCACCCAUAAAAUCAUGCAAGGGCUAUCCGAUACAAACACAACACUGGCCUCAAGGAAAGGGGCAGCUCACAGCGGAAGGAAUGGUGCAACAUGUCAAAUUGGGAAAGAUUAUUUACAAUCGUUACGUCGACUCACUCAACUUUCUCAGCCCAUAUUACGAUGCACGCCAGAUAUAUGUACGUUCAACGGAUACGAACAGAACUUUGAUGAGUGCCAUGGCGAAUUUUAUUGGCUUUUACAAUAAUCCAUCCCAAAAUGAACGCAUUGGUAUCGACUUCCCGAACACGACGGGAUGGCCACGUGGUUUUGUUGCUGUCCCGGUACAUACCGUUGCAUAUGAGACCGAUUAUAUAGGGAAUCCUGAUGCGAACUGCUCACGACAGGAGUGGCUCUCGAAAAUAAUACAACAAACACCUGAAUGGAAAAUUUUAACAGAAAAUUAUACAGAAGUUUUAAAAGAAUUGGAAGCAGUAUGCAAACAGUCAUUAGCAUUCAAUGACGUGUCGUACUGUGUUGACACAUUUUACUGCGAGAAAGUACAUGCAUUUAAUAUACCUAUUGAUGAUCUUCAAUACGAUCAACUGGAACAACUAAACAAUGCAAUUCAGAAUUAUGAAAAUGGUUUGAAUUUACACCCGUUCGAGGGAGUUGAUUUUAAGCAUGAAGUUGGGAAAAUCCGAGGUGGUAGUAUUCUUUGGUCAAUAUUGAAUCAUUUCGACCUAAAGUUACAUUGCUUGAAACCCGAAACUGACGAAAGUCCGGAGUGCAUGUGGAUGAGGAAUCUUAAGUAUUAUGCGUAUUCGGCGCACGAUACGACGUUAGUAGCAUUGAUGUGUACAUUGGACGCUAAACAAAAAAUCCUGGUCAAUGGUGGAUACCCAAAAUACUCUGCCGCUAUGUUCUUUGAACUCUGGAAUACCACGGAUGGACCGAGAUUGAAAGUAUAUUAUCACCGCAAUUUCACGGAAGAACAAUUAGAAGACGUUACUGAUUUACUCGAUCAGUGCUCAGAAAACAUGGAUUCAGAUGGUUUCUGCGAUUACGAGGAAUUCCGCACAAAUGGAAUUGUUUAUUAUCCAGGAAAUGAAGAGAAGCUAUGCCAGGAUACAAGAUCCAGGAAAACAUUUUUCAAUCCAGACGAGUAUCAAACAAAAGCAAUUCUAACAAUAUCAGUUGGGCCUGCUGCUCUAAUUUUAUUGAUUUCACAAGUCUUGAUAUCCUGA